AGAGAGAGGGAGGGAGAGCAAGUGAUCGAGCAAGCGCAGCGAGAGAGGGAGAGAGAAAAAGAGAGAGCACAGGAGAGCAAGAAAAAGAAGCCAAAGCCGAGAGAACGAGAGAGUCGCAGGAGGAAGAGGGAGAAUGCACGGUGUCUGGGUAACACUUCCACGCUUGUAUCCAGGGCCUUUGUGAAUACACCAUGGGAUGCAUCGGCUCCAGGAGACUGACGGCAGAUGGCGUGCCAGUCCAGAAGGAUGGGGAGCAGCAUGGACGUUCAGAAUUUUCAUGGGAAGGAAUCAAUCUGUCUAUGGAAGACACCACAUCAAUUCUGCCGAGGCUCAAGAGGAACUCAAAUGCCUAUGGCAUCGGGGCACUGGCUAAGUCUUCACUGUCAGGUGUGUCAGGGGUGACCCGCACCAUGAAGGAAAGAGUAACCAAGCCCACAGCCAUGGCUCAGGGUCGUGUCGCCCAUAUGAUCGAAUGGCAAAACUGGGGUAUGCAGACGGUGGGUGCGGGGGGCAUCCCCCAGUCCCGCAUCACCACUCAGGAGCGGGAAAAGGAGCGGCGGCUGGAAAACGAUGCGUACAGUGACCUCAGCGAUGGAGAGAAGGAGGCCCGUUUCGCUGCAGGUAUCCUGCAGCAGUUUGCCAUCUCAGAGGCAACACUUCUAGCGUGGUCAUCGAUGGAUGGAGAGAGCCCGCGGUCCGGCUCAAACCAGGGCAGUGUGGCUCAUCUGAGCGAGGUCAACCAGGAUAGCAUCACCAGUCGAGAUCAGAUAUUGCACCACUCGUCAGCAGAGGUGUGGCCUCACACAUACGUCUCCCAGGGCCACUACUGCCUCUCCUCCUCUGAUGCCUGGGAGCCGAUCAACAACGAUCCCUCUGGUGUGGCAUCUCCCCCUGCUGGCUCCUACAUUAUGGGGACCGACGGGUACGAUGGGCAGGCGGCGGCUCACUUCCUGUCGCAGCAACAGCAGCAGCAGUUCAGUCUCCAGCAGCAGAGUCAACUGCAGCAGCUGCAGCAGAUCCAACAGAUCCAGCACUACCAGCAACAGCAGCUCCUGCAGUAUCAGCAACAGCAGUCUCUGGAGCACAGGCUGCACAGCACCAACCACUCUUUGCAAGCGACGCCCAACAGCACCAUCCACAGUCUGGUCCAUUCCGUUCACCCUCCGUUGGUUGAUCUGUGGAACACAGGGCAGAUGGACGCCUAUCAGACGGAGGCCGGAGGCUACAUGGGUGUGGCGGCGGUGGUGGAGCCGAGCCUUUGCGUCCCCUCUGGAGAUGACAUGGUGGGAACAGAACACUCCCCACUGCUGGAGCAGCAGGAGGCGGAGGAGGAGGUCAAGGAGGAGGAGGUCACACUGUGCAUGGAGCCAGAGUCUGUCACGUUGACUCCGCCCACGCAACAAGGGGAUGCCUCUGGAGGCAGUAGUCCCGGGCAACCGCCAGCAGAGCCAAUCACAGAGCGGAAGGCCUCCGAUGUCACCUCCGGCCUCAUUCAGACACUGGAGGAGAAGGAAGAGGAGGAGGAGGAGGGGCAGGCCGCUUCCAUGGCAACCAACUGAGUUCCUGGCUGUCAAGAGACUCCUUACUACAAACUGACCAGGAAGUCAGCAAGGAAUGAGCGUAAUAAUACAACAUAUAUCUAUUAAUCUGUUCCUUUUCAGGUAUCACAAACACGACUUUUUGGUUGCGAGACAAAUUCUUCAAAACGGUGAGAAACAGAUUUGGAAGUGGACUCUUUAUGAGACAUAAGCUGAUGCAACAAAGGACACCUAUUUCUUUGUAAGCCUUACAUCCCAAAGGUAAAAGAAGAGAGGAGUGAGGACGGAGAAACUGAAGAGGAAGAGGAGGAGGAGCACCAACUGACAGACAUUUCCAUCAGGGAAAUGACACCACGCUGAGUUGAGGAGGAGGGGAAUGGAAACAUGCAUGCUUUUUAUGAAGACAAGCAACUUGACCCUGUCAUCGUCUUAUAAUGAUAAUGAAAAUCUAACAUAAUAAAACAUUAUAAUAAGAAUAAUUUUGUAAUAAAGCAAAAAAAAAAAAGAACACAAGAAAAAUCUAUGUAUAAGUGUAUGAUAAGAUAUAACAGUUUUCCUAUGGGAGAACUACUCUGUUUACAGCUGUUACUCAACAUAUUAGAUAGUGUUUAAUCAAAUUCAUUUGAUCAUCUGUUGCAUCAAACACACACAGUAUACUUUAAAAAUGGCCACCCAGAUAAUUUCACAUAAAAUGAAAGUAGGCUCAGAUAAUGCAUUUCAGUGAAAUGCAGUUUAACCCUCUAAAAUAAAGUCCUCUAUGAUGUUGUGGCACCAGGACGCCUGAGGCACAACCCGGGGACAGACCUGUCCCUCUGACUGCACACACUGAACACUGCACAGAUAAGGAUUGUACUGUAAGAUAGUGUGCUUCCUACUCUGUCUCUCUGUAUGCAUGUUUCUUCAGAAUACUAUGGAGUACCUGUACUAUACAGCACUGUAUAGACUUUGCACUGAACCGUAGUAUCCCAGGUGGGGCCACAGUGGACCUGCGGUGGGCUUGAGCAGAGAAAUAAAGACAGAGCUGCAUAAGCAAAUCUCCUUUGCACUGAUGCAAUCCAACAGAUCAGAGGUUGCCUUUGGACUGUUGACGUUACCCAGUUCCCACUCUGAAAGCUUUCAGCACCACCGACAACCAAAACCGAGCCACUUAACAACAACACGAACCCUCAGCUGCUUUUUUUUCCACAGACGUAGUCGCGAUAAAUUGAGGAUGAUAACCACUAUCUUGAAUGUACUGGAAGACAGAAGGCAGUACAUGAGCGUUGUUUUUGAUGUCUCCUCGCCGUCCACGCGGGAGAGAAUAAAACACUUUCUUGAGAAACAAAGAUAAACAAGGGAGUCUUUUCAAUUGUGUGUUUAAAAUGGAUUCACUGCUGGCUCACCUAGACCACCACUACACGAACACACACACACACGAAUAUCUAAAUUGUAACCAGCAAUAGACAGGCAAAACACUGGCUUCCCAACAGCCCAGUGUCAGCUCUGUCGUAUAGAUGUAAAUAGUCUGAGUAUAUAAAAAGUCGCCUCUCGCUCACAGUCACAAGUGUUCUAGUACAGUUAAUUUCUUUAUUUUUUUACACCUCUUAAGUCCCACUUUAUUUUGGGAUUUGCUCACAAGCUCACACUUUAGGCCUGAAUUUUGUUUUUCUUACGUGUACCACCACACAAAGACAAAUGAAGCGCAGGAAUGUUUGUGCUGUAAAUGGAGCCAUCAUGCAAAACUGGAGGGAGUUUUACCCGCUGAAUCCAUCAGCGAGAGAAACAGGAAGUACAGCAGUAGGUCUGAGUUCACAGGGGGAAAAUCGUUUCCCCCUGUGUGUCGCUCAAUCAGCCAAUCAGGGAACAGGACAGAAGACUAGGACUGAACACUAGAGCCGAAUAGAUCGGUGUCUUCCUGCUCAUUGUGAUUACUGUGAAGCAGCUGCCUGGAGUGUGAUAGUGAUUAUAAUGAUGUUUGAGGAAGCAUGUUUUCAUUUAGUUUUUCUUUUUCUUUCUUCCUCGCCUGAGGAAAAAUGGGUGUUUUCUAGUGCAGAGGGGAGUUAAAUGGAGACAGCGAACAAAGUGGACUUCCUGUGCAUGUCUCACUGACGAACUUUACAACAAUAUACAACCACUGUUUUCAUCUUUUCCCUGUCGGGGAGCACCUUCUCCUCUCACUUUGAUGAUUGUGUGAGAACCUUUUAAGAUAAAAAAAAAGAAUAUAUAUAUAUAUGUAUAUAUAUAUAUAUAUAUACAUAUGGUUUAUUGACUUGAAUGAAUUUAUUUAUUGAUUGCUUCUUUAUGCAAUGUUGGGGACAAUGUUUAUUUUUCUACUAACUUGUUGAAAUCCCUUCCAGUAUAAGUUAGAAUAGGUGUCAUGGUUGUAAAGCAGUCUUGUUUUGAUGUGGUUUUGAGCACUUUACACGCUGAAAAACACCUUGGUAAGAGAUAAGAGAUGGAUAGUUUGGCAGCUCUCAAAAAUAACAAAUCUAUCAUCAUUUUGUUUCACUUCAAGAAUCCCGGUUUAGAUCAUGAAAACAACCUAAGAGGGCUCAAAACUGCAAACAGAAUGUCUUUACACAAUGGCAGAUAUUCGUUUAUUUAUUGAACAAUUACUUGGUGGGGAGGAAUAAUGUGACAGCUUGUACAGAGUCUAUCAUUUUCAUGUGGGUACCAACCCUUCUGGGAGCAGUAUCUUUUUCUUUAUGAGUCUCGGCUUUAAAGAUGUGGGGGAAAGACUAUUGCUUUAUAUAUUCUUCGAUGGUAACAACUGUUAAGUUAUUUUGGGCUCGACUGAUGCUAAAAAGAGACAUUAGUUCACAAGGAAAGGUGCAUGGACUCGAUUAAACCAGAAGACACUGCUUCAGUUAGGGUUAUUUUAUUGCUUUUUCCUUUUCUUUCUUUUUGGUUUAUCAAAAUCUCAAUGAAUGAAUAAACUAAUAACAAGAAGCCAAAUAUAUUUCUGCGGAUGUUAAGGUUUACUGAUCACGUCUUUGUUAACCGACUGGUUUGUAGUUGAGUUCCUCUUUUUGUAUAAUUCUACUGCCAUCUUCCAAGGGUUACAGUAACUUGUCUGCAGGCAUGAUGCUCAAAAUCUGCUUCUGGUCCUCUGCCUUUCUCCUUGUCUCUCUCUCUUUCUAUCUCUUUGUAUCCGUUCUGUAUAUUUGUGUCUGUCUGUAUGUCUGUCUGUCAGUGUACAGUGAGUUGUCUGCUGUCUUAUUGGAAGAAUCACUGCCUGAAAAAAAAGAAAAAAGAAAAAUAACUGAAGUUUUCACAUCAACCAAAGGGGAUUUGAGGCAAUCAGACAUGUAACAUAGAUUUAAUUUGGCAGUGUGUGGCAAAAAAAUUAACCGCUGUAUAAAACGCUGUAUAAAAUUGGAUGGCUUCUGUAAAAGUCUGUAUUAAAUUGGGUUUAUUUGUUUGAAAUGAGGCAGUGUGGCUGGUGAAACCAGUGUACUCUCGUAACACUCACACCUAUGCAUGCUUGUUGGACGGCUGUCACAGGAUGGUUCUUCCACGUGGUUCCCCCUCUCUCUCUCUCCUCUUCUGUCAACAACUCUCUUGUUUCUUCCUGUUUCUCUUCCUUUCCCCUCUUUUUCCUGCACGACAGAACCUCCCACGCCCCCACCAGCUCCUUUACCUGUCUCCUCUUCUUUUCCUCCGGUGGAGAAAGAGCAAAUAAACAAACCAACAAAUGGCA